AUGUCUUUCGUGCUGCCUGAUCAGCCACUCUCUUCUCUUCUCCCUCCUCCUCCUCCGCAGCUUCAUGGAGCUCGCGCCUCCGCGGCCUCUACGUAUCCGGCGACCACCGCUCCUUCCUCUCCUCCUACAAAGCGAUGGCGCAAUCGGGGAUCGCCCCCACUCUCCCCGCUCUCACCUCCCUCAUCGUCUCCUUCGCCCACGCCCGAAACCCUAAAUCCGCGUUCGCCGCCCUCGGCUUGCUCUACAAGCGCGGAUACCCCGUUACCACCCGCCUCCUCAACCUCCUCCUCAAGGGCCUCUGCGUAUCCCGCCGCGUCUCCGACGCCAAGGAGCUGUUCCGUGCGAUGGGCUCCGAUUGGAUCCCUCGCGACGUUGUUACGUGCAACACUCUCAUCAAUGGGCUCUGCAAAGAGAAGAGGAUGGAGGAGGCGAUUGAAUUGUGGAAGGAAAUGGGCCAAAGGAGAGGCCGUGGGGGUCUCCGCCAAUCUAGUGACCUACACGACCCUAAUCGACGGUCUUUGUAAGAGUAGGAGAGUAGAAGAAGCCGUGGCCUUGUUGGAUGAGCUCAAAGGUGAAGGCCUUGAUGCCGAUGUUGUUGUAUAUACCGCACUCAUCAGCGGAUUAUGCGACGUGGGUCUUGUGGAUAGGGCUGCGGAGGUGUUCGACGAAAUGUCGCAGAGAGAGAUCUCGCCGAAUGUGGUCACUUACAGCAGCUUGAUUCAUGGCCUUUCCAAAAAUGGAAGGUGGGGAGAGGUCACGCAGAUGUUGAAUUGCAUGGCGGAGCGGGGAGUUCGUCCGGAUGUGGUUACAUACACGGGCUUAAUAGAUGGGCUUUGUAAAGAGGGGAAGGUAAAAGAGGCAACGAGGUUGUUAGGGCUGAUGGUGGAGAGGGGUGAGGAGCCGAGCACUGUGACGUAUAAUGUGUUGAUCAAUCAGUUAUGUAAAGAAGGUUUAAUUGAGGAUGCUUUUGAACUCAUGGAGAAGAUGAUUGAGAAGAGAAUAGCACCGGAUGUUAUUACUUAUAACACCUUAAUUGUGGGUCUAUGUGAUUUGAUGAAGGUUGAUGACGCACUGAAAUUGUUCGAUGUAAUGGUUGAAGGGAAGUGUAGAGUUGAGCCAGAUGUAAUGACUUAUAAUUCUCUUAUACAUGGUUUAUGCAAGAGCGGUCGCAUUAGACAAGCAUUAGAUCUCCAUAAGUUGAUGCCGGAGAGAGGUUGCCAUAGUAAUUUGACGACUUAUAAUUUACUGAUUGGUGGGCUCUUCAGAAAACAUGAAACAAAACAGGCUAUUCAGUUAAAGAACGAGAUGAUUUGUUCAGGGUUGGAGCCAAAUUCUUUUACAUAUAGUAUAAUGAUAAAUGGGUUUUGCAAGAUGAGGCAUGUCGAUGCCGCGGAAAGGCUUUUGAAUGAAAUGAGGGGUCGAGGAAGCACCCCAAGUUUAUUUGAUUAUAACCCAAUAAUUUCAGCGUUGUGCGAAGAGAAUAUGAUGAAGAGGGCAAGGAGUUUGUUCAAUGAAAUGAAAAAGAAAUGCGAUCCUGACGUUGUCUCAUUUAGCGCUCUAAUCAGUGGAGCCUGCAAAAGUGGGGACCUUGAUGGUGCAAAAGAACUUCUUGAAGAAAUGCUUCAAAGGGGAAUAAAGCCUGAUAAUAUUAUUUAUUCAAUGCUAGUGAAUGCGUUUGCAAGAUCCGGGUAUUUGGUAGAGGCCAGGAGAUUAAUUAAACAGAUGAUUGCUUGUGGGUUUUCGCCAGAUGUUGUUGUUUACGACUCACUCAUUCGUGCCUAUAGUCAGAAGGGCGAAACUGAAGAGAUAGUUAGCUUGCUCCGUGAAAUGGCAGCGAAGGAUGUGGCUCUUGAUGCAAAGGUUAUUUCGACUAUUUUGAAUUCUCUCAGCAAUGAUGGCGAAGGCAAAAGAUUAUUGGAGUAUUUACCAGAUUUCCGAAAAGAGGUUUCGGAAGGAAAAGGCUUCUCAUCUCAUGAGCUAUUGGAAAGGCUUAAUCAGUCUUGCCCCACACUCCAGCUAGAAGCAGCUUGAGAGGGUUCAACUUAAUUGAUUUUUUGUGAGUUCCAAAACCUUGUUCUUUCACUUGUAUAGUUGUUGUUUCAAACUCAGUUAGACUAUAUUUUACACAAGAAAUGGAAGAAUGUGAGCAGUUUCAUGAACUCUUUUAUGAAUUUUUCGGUACAUUUAGUUGAUUGUGCAGUAAGAAAUAAUUAGGCAGGUAAACAUUUGGAUGUGUAUGUAAUACGUUCAUGUCGAAUCAAUCUCUGUUAUUACAUUCUUUUUAAAAUUUCAUUUCGAAGGACAACUCACAGGGCAUCAACAGUAAGGGUCCCCUUUCCUUUCUAUUUUGAUCGCGGUGGCAAGAAGUAUCAGACAAGUGUGGAUGCUUUACUUCACUUUGUUUCUGCUGAAACCAAAUCACGUUAAACAAGCAAUUUAAUGCCAUACCUUGGUAUUAGGCUAAUAAAUCAUGGCUAUUUUCCUUUUUCUGUUAACUUGCCUAUCCAUCAUUGCGAGAACAUACCUUCUGUUAGAUUAUAGCCUUUCCAAUUUUACAAAACAUACUUUCAUUUAUUCUUCAUUUUUUGUUUCUGCAAUCCAUUGUUCCCUCAAUCUGUGAAGUCGAUGACACUUCACUGGGGCGAGACAAAAGCGGAUGAUCCCUUAUGGUAUCUUAACAUGAAAUUGUAGGUACAAUUUGGCGCUGAAGAAACUGGGGAAUCUUCAGACCAUGGACUGGAAUUUUAACCAGAAUACCAUUUGGUGAUGAAGAAACUGGGGAAUCUGCUGAUCAUGGAAUGGAAUUUUAACCAGAAUUAUCAAGCCAAAAUAUGAUGCAGAGUUGAAUAUAAUGGGCUAAAGCCUCUAGGUUAUAGAAAUUACUGCAAACAUGAGAAAGUUAGAACAUAGUUAAAAGCUGCAUGUAGUAUAUCUCGUGAACUGCUGCGAAAGUUCACAUGAACAUAUGUAGUUGUUCUAUGAGGUAGAGUAGGUGAGACAGGUUAUAGAAGAAUGCACGAAUCUUUUGUUGUUGUAAAUUGCAACUAAGAAUGUGGGUGUAACUAACAAUUAGCAGUAACAAAUGGUGAAAUUUUAUUGGCAAAAGAUUACAAACGAAUUAUUCGGUUCAUAAAA